AUGCGCGAGCUGGCGCUGCUGAACCGCUGGAGCCAGCACGCCGUGGCGGCGCGGCAGGUGUGGCACGCGGCGGGCAGCAACCCCAUCGACGCGGCCUUCCUGGACUCCCAGGCCGUGGUGUACAUAAACCUGGCGCUGCGGCGGCUGGCGGAGUGGAAGCUGGAGAACGAGGUUAGGCGGCUGGCAAAGUACGCCCUCGCGCGCCCCGACCGCAACGAGCACACGUUUGCGGCCGUCUUUGCCUCGCUGGCCGCCGUCGGCCGUGGCGGCGAGGCCGUGGCGGCGUGGGAGCAGCUGACGGCGUCGGGCGUGGACGUGGGGCCCGUCGGCGCAAGCGCGAUCAUCAAGGCGUGCGCGCUCGCGCGCGACGCAGACAGCGCGCUCAGGAUCUUUGAGCGGAUGCUGCGGCGGCGCGUGACGUUCAACAGAUACACGUACAACGCGGUGCUCCACCUCUGCGCCGUCACGGGCCGCGCCGAUGACGCCCUGGCUGUCUACAACCUCAUGCGCCUGGAGACCGACCCCCACAACCUGCCAGACCAGUACACCUACGCGGCGCUCGUGCGGGCCAUCAUCAUAUCCAGGCGCUACGAGAUGGCCGCCUCGAUCUUCGAGAACAUGCUGGAGGAUGACGUCACCCCAGAUUCAAAGCUGACGUGCCACAUGCUUACCGCAGCCGGCCGCGCUCGCGACGUGCCGCUCGCGCGAGCCAUGUACUCGCACGCGCUGACAGGGCUCCGGGAGCCACGGCCGCCGCCGGCGCUCGCCGCUGACUCAGCCGGAGAGGCCGCGGGGGCCAGAGAGGCCGCGCCGGCCGCGGAAGAGGGGGAGGCGGCCGGCGGCCGGCGCACGGGCGGCUGGGCGGGGCAGGCGGGCGCAAAGGCGCGGCGCUACGCCGCCGGGCGGCGGCGGGCGGCCGCAGCUGCAGCCGCCGACGACGCCGCGGCGGCGGAGGCAGAGGCGGCGGACGUGCUGAGCAUUGAGAUUGUCAACGCGCUGCUGAGCGUGUACGCGCUCUCAGGCGACUUUGCCGGCGCCCUGCCGUCGGCGCAAACAGCUUCUGCGGCUCCGCGCUGA